GUUACCCACAAAGUUUUCUUAUUCUCCUUCUCUUCUCUCACUUCCCAAUAAUGCAGCUCCUAAUCGUCGUCUCCGCCGUGCUCUCACUGCUUGCAAAUGUCUCUAAUGCUUCUCAUGUCCCUCUCUUCAAACGUCAAAGUUCCAAUUACCCAGCCUUGGAUAUCCCCGGACCCACCCCGAAGCAGGAGUGGGUAGAUGCCUACCAGCGAGAAAAGGCGGCCGGUCGGAUUCCUAACAUUCAACCUUCAGUCAAAUUACCUUCUGGAGAUACCAAAUAUCCAGCGAACGUGAACCCCUUGGACCCAAGUGUCUGUAGUUGGACAGUGGGAUGUAUAAGUCCUACUGAUGUCAAUGAUGCUCCGGACGGGAUGAUGGGUAUCAGUUUUGACGAUGGGCCACAGGGAGGAACCGCUGAACUUCUGCAGUUCCUUGAGUCUGUGAACCAGACCGCAACCCAUUUCAUGAUUGGCAGUAGAAUCCUAAGUAACACUGAUGCGUUCAAAGCCACGGUCGCAAAAGGAGAUCAUAUAGCUGUUCAUACAUGGAGUCAUCCCCUGAUGACCACUUUAACUGAUCUCCAAGUUCUGGGUGAGAUUGGUUGGACUUUGCAAGUGAUCUUCGAUCUAGCUGAUGGUCGAUUGCCUGCAUACUGGAGACCUCCGUAUGGCGACGCUGAUAACCGAGUCAGAGCAAUUGCAAAGCACGUAUUCGGGCUUCAAACUGUGAUCUGGAAUCAUGAUACGGAGGACUGGUGUGUAUCACCUGAAGAUGUGAACAUCUGCACAAACCACGGACCAGCAAACCAAGCAGCGUUAACCGCUCAGCUGAAGGAUUACGCUAAACUCCCAAAGUCCCCUGGUCUAGUGAUAUUAGAACACGAGAUCACGCUUCAUUCAGUGCGCGGCUUUGCUGAUGCGUGGCCCGCUAUCAAGGCAGCAGGAUGGGAUACUCGACCCAUCCCUUCGUUAUUCAAUCAGGCUUGGUAUCAGAACGCGCUUGGUGCUUCCGACCACCCGAUCCAUAUCCCUGGUGUAUUGAAUGCUAGCGAGACUUUACAUGGGCUUCAGCAUAAUAUUGUCAACAAUGCUAGCCAAUAUGUCAAUCUUACUACGCCUUCAGGCUUGCCGAAUACCACCUCAGUUCUGUAUACCACCUCAGUGCUGAAUACUACCUCAGUGCUGAAUACUACCUCAGGAAUCAAAUCGACAACCACGAAUCUCACCAACCAUGCGCCAUCAGUAUUUGUCAACACUUCUGGCGCCGAUGCGGCACGCAAGACAAGCUGCGGGUUCUGGAGGACGAUUCCAUUAUUUUUUGUCCUGUUGAGUUUGUUAUAAUCAUGAGGUGUCUACACCGAUCUAUUGCGCUAUUUUACGCUAUAUAAUCUUGAAUAUCUUGGCUUUCAAAAUGUUUUUGUGGUUGCUCUUUGUUCCGUCUGGCCCCGCAUUAUGCUGGCCACUGGUAGUCAUUAUUCAUCUUGUCAACUUCAUUCAUUCAUUUGCAACAUACCCGGGCUGUUGAAGCCCAACUCAUCAAAAAAUGAUCAUCUCUAUUCAGUGCAUACUACAACAUAUGUUGAUAAACUUGAGCUUCAAAUACCAUCAAAGAGUCCACAUGGACACAGAUGUCAUGAAAGAUUGUUGACAAGAAUCAACCU